CUAACAAACAAAUAAAUUCCACCUGAUUUAAAAAUAUAUAUCUAUCAUUAAUUCUUCUUCUUAAUUCUUUAUCAAUAAGAUCAUGAGCAUCGCGGUUAACGGGCGGUCCAGUGUGCCUCCAGGCUUCCGCUUUCAUCCGACGGAGGAAGAGCUAUUGAACUAUUACCUUCGCAAGAAGGUCGCUUGUGAAAAAAUUGAUCUCGACGUCAUUCGGGAUGUCGAUCUCAAUAAGCUCGAACCAUGGGAUAUCCAAGAGAAGUGUAGGAUCGGAUCGACCCCGCAAAAUGAUUGGUACUUCUUCAGUCAUAAGGACAAGAAGUAUCCCACGGGCACAAGGACGAACCGUGCGACCGCAGCGGGAUUCUGGAAGGCUACAGGGCGUGAUAAGGUGAUAUACACCAGUUGCAGGAGGAUCGGCAUGCGUAAGACACUUGUUUUCUAUAAAGGAAGGGCUCCUCAUGGGCAGAAGUCGGAUUGGAUCAUGCAUGAGUAUAGGCUUGACGAGCACUCUGACUCUCACUCUUUCUCAAACGUGUCUGCCUUGAUAGGGGAAACAAGCAAUCAAGAAGAAGGAUGGGUUGUAUGCCGAGUUUUCAAAAAGAAGAACCUCCACAAGGCCAUGGACAGCUCAAACAACUCGUCCUCAAUUGUCACAGAUGCCAAGACUCACCUUCUUCUUCAUUCAAGCAGCGACGGCACACUAGACCAAAUCCUUCAAGCGAUGAGUAGAUCUUGCAAGCAAGAAAAAGAAUCCUUUAUCACCACCACCAACAAUCACCUCAGGUAUCUUCGCCCGCUCGAUACCAUCACGAGCUCUAACCUUAACGAGAUGUUCUUGAAGCUGCCUGCACUCGAGAGCCCAACAAUUUCAACGACCUUGGCCGAUGAAAUCUCACCAAGUUUCGAGCAUUCUUGCCUUUCCGAGACAGGGCUCACUGAGUGGGCUGCCCUGGAUGGACUCGUCGCCUGGCAACUCAACGGCCAGUCAACGGAUUCACUAAAGCAACUCUCUUGCUUUGAUAAUCCGAACUUCAUUUACAACAAUAACAAUAACAAUAACAAUAAAAGUAACGACGGCGGUGAUGGUGAUUUGUGGAGCUUAGCAUCAUCCGCAUCCGACCGCAUUAGCCAUGUGUCGCAUGGAUCGAUAUAACGGAACGGGUCCAUAGUACUCAAACCAAUGACUGAAAGGCUUACAGAAGAAUGAUUGUUGCAUAGUACUAUUAUGUUAUUUAUACAAAUGUUUAAAGAUUGUAUUUAAGUUCUUCAUGAGUCAUCACCCUUACUAUACAAAAAGAACAAGGGUUUCUGAGAUGUGGUGGCUUUAGUCCAAAAGGUCAUCACCUCAAAUGUUAAUUAAUCAAGAUUUGGUUUAGGGGUUUUUGUUUUUAUGCC